AUGCCCUCGGUCCCGCCAACGAUCCAAGGCUACCUAACUUACCCCGGGUACAAAACGCCCGGCCACGACGCCCUUGUCAAUCAGAUCAACAGCCACCGUUUCUGCCCGCCCCAAGACUUUGCAAUUUGCAGCCACCAGACCAUGUCUGUCGCGAUCGACUCAGGCUCUGCCUACGACGUGGGCUACUCGACCGCUGACGUGGUCAACGCGUGGCGCACCUCGCGCCUGGAAUUCAUCAAAAUCGACAGAAACGACCAAGGCGUCAGAGACUUCCUUCCGCAAACCGAGCAGGAUCCCGUCGUGCUGUCUCUCUCAUCAGCUCGAGCCCUCGCGCCCAUGGGUCAAUCCGAUCUCGAUGACAGCCUAGACGCCCUGAGCAAGGCUCUCCUCGGAGUGGCAAUUUGUCUCCGCCCCACGGAGCAGGAAGACGAGAAAGAGUCGACAGAGGAGGGGGACAAGGACAGGGACAAGGACAAGGACAAGAAGAAGGAAAAGAAGCCCACCAUCAUCGGAACUAUGUGUCUUGGCUGGGGGGGGAUCAACUCCCGAAAUGCCCAUCACCGAUCAGCCCACAUGGGCAUCGUGCUCGGCAAGCCAUAUCAGAACAAAGGGUACGGCAGGGAGGCGAUCAACUGGAUGGUUGACUGGGCGUUCAAGCAUGCUGGUUUGCACACCGUUUGCAUGAUUGCCGCUAGCUACAACCAGAGGGGCAUCCAUUUGUAUCGGGAUAUCGGCUUCAGGUUGGAGGGACGCCGGAGGGAGGUCUGCUAUUUUAACCGCGCGUGGCAUGAUGAGCUGGACUUUGGCAUGACGGAGCACGAGUGGGAGCGGUUGAGGGGGAUCUCCUCAUGA